CAUAAGCGAACAGUUCUUUAUGUCGAGGUGUUAAGCAAUUAGAUAAAAGGCUGCGACUUCCUCAAUAUUGAAAGGAAGCGACGAAGUAAUGCAGUCACUCCAUAGUUCAAUGCUUUUGGAAUGCACUUGAUAGUGUUGAUGCAUAAGAGGAAAGGCUGCAUUCAUUUAGUUGCAAAAAGAAUUUGUCUUAUCUUCAUUAAAAUGUUUUAAUUGUAAACGGAAUCUACAAUUAAAUUGAGUCUAAAAGAGGUAGAAAUUUUUAGACCAGUGGUGAAGUGAAAAAUACUUUGUUUUCAAGAUAAGGAUAAGAAGAAAUAAUUAACUGACAGAGAAUUGGUUGUCUAUUAUCUCUAUAUAUGUUUUCGAUCUUGUUAUUGUAAUUCUAAGAUAUGACUGAAUUGAGAAAUUAAUAUUGGAACCAUUUUCAUUUAGUGCCUCUUAAAUUGACUCAAAAUACAAGUCAUUGUCUGGAUGAAGAUUUUGAUACGAAUAUGAAAAGCUGCGUUAUUCAACAGGUGGCGAAGUAUUUUGAAAAUGUUUUUGACUUCCAUUAGAGAACUUCAAUAACUAUAAAGGGCUAGAUUGUGAAAACAACAAUGUGAAAUUUUUGAUUAUCUAUAAUCUUUGAAAAUUAUGGUUGCAGAUUUCAUAAAUUGAAUUACAAUGGAAUGGAAAAUCUGUUUCAUUAUAUUACGGUCACCACUAUGAAUAUAAAGUAAUUUAUUAAAUUUCUGAAGGGACUUUAGAUAUUAUUCUCUUUCUAAAAAAUAAUGUUGUACCUUUCGAUUGUACACUUAUUCAUCUUCAAAAAUUAAAUAUUAAUUCGUAUCUAAGGGAUAUUUUGGAUUCAUAGAAGCAAUGCUGGUAUUUAGAAGAAACUAUUUAAUAGAUCGAUGUGUUAUAGCUUCUUACAACAGGUAUUUUGACUAAAGAGUUGCAUCGCAUUAUGGAUUAUUAUAUUAUUUCAUUAAUUUUUAUUCUUGGUUAUGGAAGCUUAACCGUUUGCCGACCUUGUGAUGAAACCGAAACUCUGAAUGAAAGAGAGGAAAGAGCAGAGGUGAUUUUCACAGGCACAGUCCAAAGAAUCUACCGAAAGAGCCCGGUCCGUUCUUUUAUCCUGGACUAUAAUGCGAUGGUCUUCGUGAAAAGGGCAUUGAAGGGUGACAAAAAGCUACAAGGUAAUGCUGUCGUGGUUUCUGGAUUGGGAAACAGGCUCAUUUGUCACAGCGUAGUAAAAGAGCGUGAUACGAGGAUCUUUCUAGUGUCACGGAUGGAGGAUGGAUUUCUUAGACUGAAUUCGAGUUUGUUACGAAUGAAUAUUCCAAAUUUGGAUAUCUUGGAUGCUGUAAUAAGAGAUAUACCAUACAAAAGAAGACCGAAUAUUCAAGAGAAACCUUGUGAGUUGAUGUACUGUUCAUUCGGUGCUGAAUGUCUCGUGGAUGAAAAAACUCAGCAGGGCUACUGCCGCUGCCAGGAUAGCUGCUCGGACAUCUUCGCCCCAGUGUGUGGAAGUGAUGGCAUCACUUAUUCUAGCGAAUGUCAGCUACGGAUGGCGUCGUGUUCCAAGCAAAUCAAGAUCUAUGUCCAGCAUCAUGGACAAUGUGAUGUUAAAGACCCUUGCGAACAUAAUCAGUGCAGAUUCGGUGCUCAGUGCAGACCCACUCUAGAUGGAGUUUCUUUUGAAUGCGUUUGUCCAGAAAAAUGUUCAGCCUAUGGAAACAGUCGAAGUUCUCGACCUGUUUGUGGCACAGAUGGAAAAGAUUAUCCAAAUAUGUGCGAAUUGAAGAAAACUGCAUGUCGAGAAAUGCGCAUCUUAGAAGUGAGAUUUACUGGGAGAUGUGAUCCCUGCCAAGGCGUUGAAUGCCCCAACUCUCAAGUGUGUCAACUGGAUGAACACCGGAACGCUAUCUGUAGAUGCAACGCUAUAUGCUCCGAGGAUUUAAGACCCGUUUGUGGAUCCGAUGGCAAAACAUAUUCCAAUGAAUGUACUCUCAGAGUAGAAGCGUGCAAAUUCCGUAAGAACAUUAGAGUCGUCUACCCAGGCGAAUGCAGCGCUGGGAAGAAUCCAUGUGAGAGUAUAACUUGUGGACCGUUCGAAGACUGCAACAUCGACAAAUAUGGCAUUGCAUCCUGCCAGUGUCAACCCAGUUGUGAAUCGGUGAUGAAGCCUGUGUGUGGAUCCAAUGGACAGACUUACAGCAAUGAAUGUGAACUGCAGAGAAACGCUUGCCUAAUGAAAAGACAUGUUUCUAUUGUCUAUAAAGGCCCAUGUGGUGACACUGGUCCUUGUCAUAACUAUGUGUGUUCCUUUGGAGCUAUGUGCGUUCUUCAGAAUGGACGUCCUAAUUGCGAAUGCCCAACAUGCCCAGAACGGUUCGAACCAGUUUGCGGUUCAGAUGGUAUGUCUUACACGAAUGAGUGCAAGAUGAAGAAAGAAGCUUGUGAACAGAGAAAGGAGAUUAGCAUAGCUUACAUGGGGCUCUGUAAUACUUGCAGCCAAACACAAUGUGAAUAUUAUGCUGUUUGUGAAUUGGACACUCACGGGCGAGCGACAUGCGUUUGUCCUCAGAGAUGCGUAAAGGUGGAAGCAAAAGUCUGCGGUAAUGAUGGAGUGACAUAUAAAAACGAAUGUGAACUGCGCGUUGCAGCUUGUACAAAACAAAUGUACAUAUCUGUUGCAUCUAGGGGACCAUGCGACUUGUGCAUCAACGUUCACUGCAAGUAUGGCGCUCGGUGUGAAGAUGGAAGGUGUGUAUGCCCCACAGAAUGCCCCGAAAACUACGACCCUGUCUGCAGCAGUGAUGGAACUACUUACCGCAACGAAUGUGAAAUGCGUCGGGCGGCUUGCGAACAGACCAUGGAACUCAGCGUUCUGAUUUAUGGAGAAUGCGAAGACGUAGGAGGAUCGGGUGCAGGGUCGAAAUCUCCAGAAUCGGGAUCGGGUAAUUCUCCUUGUGACAAAGAUGCUUGCCGUUUUGGUGGAAUAUGCGAUUAUGAUUCCGACGACAGACUGUUAUGUGUUUGUGCAUUUGAAUGUCCACAUGUUCGAGCGCCCGUGUGUGGUUCAGAUGGUGAAUUCCAUGAUAACGACUGCAAGAUGAAAGAGCAAUCCUGCAAGACUCAAAAGAAAAUUGUCAUUGUUCCGAAAAAUAGGUGUCAAAAAGUAGAAGAGAUAGCUUGUGAUGGUGAGAAACCACUUAUUAACCCAGUGACAGGAAAGGACUAUUUCUGUGGUGAUGGCCCUGAAUCUAAAACUUGUCCUCCUAGCAGCUACUGUCAUAAGACUUCAGAAUUCGCGAAAUGUUGCAAGGAAGUAAUAAUGAUCAAGAGCUGCGCUGACACUAUCCACGGCUGCUGUCCAGAUGGAAAGACUGCGGCACAGGGUCCAGAUCAAGCCGGAUGUCCGAGUCAGUGUAACUGCAACCGCUUAGGUUCUUAUAGUUCUACAUGUGAUCCAGUGACUGGACAAUGUCCUUGCAAACCUGGGGUCGGCGAUCUGCGUUGCGAUCGCUGCGAACCUGGAUUUUGGGGAUUACAUAAAAUUUCCGAAGGCAGCAGUGGUUGCUCCCCUUGUGAUUGUGACCAAUAUGGGUCAGUCCGAGAUGACUGCGAACAAAUGACAGGGCGUUGCGUCUGCAAACAUGGCAUUCAAGGGAUGAAGUGCAACAUCUGCCCUCCUGGAACUGUGCUAGGGCCAGACGGCUGCAUGGACGCUUCCAUAGCUAAAUCUGUUACCGGAUCAUGCGAUGAGCUGCAGUGUUUCCAUGGUGCUAAAUGUAAAGAAAAACACGGUGAGGUUCAAUGCGUGUGUGAUUUCAAGUGUAACAGUGAUGAAAGGGAUACUAAAACUCCAGAUGACACUAUUGUAUGUGGUACUGAUGGUAAUUCGUAUGGAUCCGAGUGCCAGCUAAGACAGUUCAGUUGUAGAUACCAGAAACCGAUUGCAGUAGCUCAUGAAGGCUCGUGCUCCAAAGUUAAUGUCACUGUGUCCAGCGCCCCCCUGACGACGACAAUGAGCUCUGGGCGAAGAUCCACCGAGACGACGACCAGGAAGCCAACAACAGCUGCCGAGACGAAAAUUGUAAGGGAAAUAACCGAGGAACCCCUUGAAAACUUGCUGAAAACACCUAAAUCUGCUCUUGACUUCUCCACGCCUGCAAGUGUGAAUGUAAUUGGAAUGCCCCUCUUUACCGGUAAAUCUUACCUGGAGUUGUCAAAGCUGGAGGCUUACAGUCGGCUCGCCAUAGAAUUGGAGAUCCGCACCCUAGCAAGCGACGGCAUUAUCCUCUACAAUGGACAGACGGCAUCGGGAAAAGGAGAUUAUGUCUCACUCGCCAUUAAAGAUGGACAUGUCGAAUUCAAGUAUAAUCUAGGCAGUGGGGAAAUACUUCUACGUUCUUCUCAGAAACUUCAGAUUGGUAGGUUUCAUCGAAUAACGGCUAAAAGGUACCAGAGGGAUGGCAUGCUUUCAGUGGAUGGACAGGAUGAAACUACAGGUCACAGCAAAGGUCCUAAAAAUUUUUUGGACCUUGGAGAGCAUCUUUAUCUCGGAUACGUACCAGGAUCUGUUCAACAGAUCUUUGACAACAUCGGAGUAUCAGUUGGUUUUAAUGGAUGUAUUCGCCAUUUCAAAAUUGGUCGACAGUAUAUUGACUUGAAGUAUCCUGGAAGCAAAGUUUUAAAAGCAGUUAAUACAAAUGAAUGCAACGAUGAUAGCUGCACCAGUAUGCCGUGCCUGAACGGAGCUUCUUGCAUUGUAACUGAUGAUCUAGGUUAUUCCUGCAAAUGCCCUCUUAGUUUUACAGGUCGACAUUGCGAAAUUCAAUUAGAUCCAUGCGCUUCCGAACCCUGUUCAUAUGGUGCUACAUGUAUGUCUUUACCAGAGAGUAAAUUUUCCUGCUCUUGCCCUCCUGGCAGUGCUGGAGAACUCUGCGAACUAGAGACUUCGGAGGGUGGAGACGAGUCUGGCAUCACUUUGGACUUCAAAGGGGACAGCUACCUCGAGUUUCCCACUCUUCCCAAUGCCGCCCACUCUCUCAGGAUUGAAAUAUGGUUCAUGACACGAUCUCUAAACGGAUUGCUGCUGUAUAAUGGACAGAAGCCAAAUGGAGUCGGCGACUUCAUAGCACUCACGCUCUUAAACGGAUUCCUGCACCUCACUUAUAACCUGGGCAGUGGAACCGUAACUAUAGCAUGUCUUGAACCAGUCAGAAUAGGAGCUUGGCAUUCAGUGAAGAUAUCUCGCAUUAAAAAUAGAGCUAUGCUUCAAAUGGAUAAUGGGGAAGUUGUGAGAGGACAAUCCAAGGGAGCAUUGCUGGAACUUAACUUAGGGCAACCUUUAUAUAUUGGUGGAGUACCCGAGUUCUUGCCACUGAAGUAUUCAUUAGUUGUGCAAGUAGGAUUGGAUGGAGCCAUUCAACGCAUCAUUGUGAAUGAUGAAGUCUGGGAUGAUAUGCUAAGUUUUUCGACAGACCAGCGCAACAUAGAACCUUACCAUGGACCACCGUGCACACUUGGAAUCUGUAAAAAUAAUGGUCGAUGUAUUCCCAUUUUAGAAGACUACCGAUGUCAAUGUGUUGACGGAUUUUCUGGAAAAUGGUGCAAUCAAACUGAAGAAGCUCUGGAAAUGAGUGACAAUGUUAUUAAUCAACCUGUGAAAUUUGAUGGUUCUAACUUCAUGCAAUUUUCGGAAGGCUCUAGAGGAAUGAGGUUGAAAAAAGCUAAAGAAAACUACAUCACCAUCACUUUCCGAACAAUACAUGAAUACGGACUUUUGCUAUGGAUGAACAAAGGACCAAAUGUUCGAGGAGAUUAUAUCGCCAUAGCGAUAGAUAAAGGAUACGUAACACUCAGUUUCAACCUCGGAAAAGAAACUGUUCCAUUGAUCUUAAAAAGCUUAUUUAAGGUGAAUGACAACAACUGGCAUACUAUCAUUGUCAAAAGAAACAAGCGGCUAGCUCAUCUUAUUGUAGACAACACACCAUCUAUCACAGCCACAUCUGAACCAGGAGCAACAGAACUCAAUACAGACGGAAUUCUGUGGAUUGGUGGUUCCACAGAUGUGCCUUCUGGAUUCCCUGAAGCUUAUUAUCAUGGUUUCCGAGGCUGUAUUUCUUCUAUCACGAUAGAUAGUGAAUCUCUAAACCUGUCGAGAGGAUACUCCGACUAUUGUCAGCCCUCCUGACAAUCAUGAUUGGCGAAUUCCCACCAUCCAUAACUUCGGGUAACUGCACAAAAAAUUGGCGAAAGAACUUCGACCCGUGCCGCCCAAAAAAAAUAUGAAACACUUAUUUCUGCUUCCAAGGACUUCUGAGUGUUUUGUGUAUGUGUGUGUCUGUGUCUGUCUGUCUAUUUCAAUGUGAUAAUGAGCUCGUUUCAUGACUUCCAUAGCAUUUCUCUAACUGUAAAAUGGGCAUGCAUUGUUGAUAUAGAUAGUUUUGUAUUAUUUGCCUUCUGUAAACUAGUCAGAGGUUAAUCGAGAAAAAAAAAUUUAUUGAUUUUCUUGUAUGAAAUUUUAUAUAAUGAUAUUUUAUUAACCAAUGACUUGGAUAUUUUGGGAUGACAACAUUAAUUUUUUAUUACUUAAAUCGAAUAGAGAAAGCAUAACAUUCAAUUAAGAACUUUUUAAAAGGCUUCAAAUUCAACGGUGAGAUUUAGUACAUUUCAUUUAUCUAUAAAAAUCUUAAAAAAUCCUUGAAUUUUUUUUAUUGAAUGGUACGAUUAUAAGUAGUGAUUAACAUAA